AUGGCAGAUCAAAAUAAAAAAAAGAGAGCUAUUAAACCAUAUCACAGAAUUAAAGCUCAUGCUAACCCAGCAUCAGAUUAUAGUUUUUAUUAUCCAAUUUCACCAGAUCAAUAUGAUUGGAAAAAGAAUUAUCCAAAUCAACCAAUGGAUACUAAAAAAGUCGAAAUUGCAGAUGUCGGUUGUGGAUAUGGUGGUUUAUUAAUUUCAUUAUCAUCAUUAUUUCCAGAUAGAUUAAGCGUUGGUAUGGAAUUAAGAGAUAAAGUAGUACAAUAUGUAGAAGAGCGUAUUGACAAAUUACGUGAAAAAACUCCAGGAGAAUUUCAAAAUGUUAGUGUUAUUAGAACUAAUGGUAUGAAAUACCUUCCAAAUUAUUUCGAAAAAGGACAAUUACAAAAAAUCUUUUUCCUUUUCCCAGAUCCACAUUUCAAAAAAGCAAAUCACAAACGUCGUAUCAUUUCACCAACCCUUCUCUCCGAAUACGCUUAUAUUUUAGCACCAGGCGCUUUUGCAUACUUUAUUUCUGACGUCGAAGAACUCUUCCAAUGGAUGUACGAACAUUUUAAAAACCACCCACUUUUUGAACAAGUAGAAAGAGAAGUCGCUGAAAACGACUCUUGUGUACCAUUAAUUAUAAAUUCAACUGAAGAAGCUCGUAAAGUUAAUCGUAUCGAUGGUAAAAAAUGGUAUGCAGUCUUUAGACGUAUUGAAGAUCCAGCCAAAAAAGAUCAUUCAUUUAAAAACUAUAUUUUAACUUCACCACCAGAAUAA